UGCUGCUUGGCCUGCUGUGUUCAUCCAGCUCUACACCUUGUUAUCUCAGAUUCUCCAGCAUCUGCAGUUCCUACUAUCUCUAAAUUUGUUCUAAUGUCUUCUCCAAAUUACUACUGCAGCUUGGGUUCUAUGUACAACCCUAUUGUUGUUUUCUGCUUAUUGGUGUUUCUAAGCUCGACCUAUACAGAUCCUACUUCACCAGAGCCUAUAUCCUUGCUCACAAUCACAUUAAUUUAUCUUUUUAAUCAGCAGUUCUACCCACCUCCUUUUCCUUCUUGCCUGUGCCACCUGACCUCCUUACACAACUCACUGAUUCCAGGUAUCAAUCCAAUAAACCUCUUCUGAAUCAUCUCCAAAACACUUACACACUUCCUGAAAGAUGAUGAAAAUUGCACACAGUUUGAGAGAUAUAGUCUCACUAACUCCCUGCAUAAAUGAAGGUGAACAUCCUUACAUUUAUAUUCAAUUCCUGUCAUAAAAAGAUAGCAGCCCAUCAAGCUUUCCUGACUACAUGCUGUCUCUGCAUAGUAACUCUGUGACUCAUGCCUGAAAUCCUUCAGCACUUCAGAAUUCUGCUGCCAAUGUCCACUUAUGUAUAUUCUGCUCUUAUUUAUUCUUCCCACCUAAGUGAAUGACUUCACAUUUUCCCACAAGAUAUAUUUUGCCUAUACACUAAACCUAUCUCAGUGGUUAACACUGCUGCCUCACAGCACCAUGACCAAGAUUCAAUUCCUCCUAAGGAAACUGUGUGUCCACGUUCCCCCUGUGUCUGCAUGGGUUUCCUCUGGGUGCUUAAAUAUGCAGGUUAAAAGGAUUGGCCAUGCUAAAUUGCCCAUAGUGUCCAGGAAUGUGUAGGCUAGGUGGAUUAGCUGGUACAGGGAUAGGGUGGUGUGGGUUAUGAUUCCAUCUAUACCUGUCCACAACCUUGUGUUCUCAUUAUAACAUUUUUUUUUCCAUCCUUAGCUACCAUGCCUUCAUUCCCUAUUUAAGAAAUUUAUGUAAAUUCUAAAAGUUUGGGUAAUGUUUUAGACCCAACUAUUACAAGAUGGGCAAGAGACAAAGGGGUAAGAAAGCAUUUUUUUCCAGAAUGGGUGGUACUACUCAGUCUUCUGUGCUUAUGGUUAGAAACAAAGAGAAUCAGUGACUUACAUAGACCAAAUUACUUUUUCUGUACUAUAAUGAUACGAAGACUAUGAUACUCUGUUCAGAAUAAAAUUCAGGAAUCAAUGCGGUGAAUCUAUGCUGCAACAUCAAGAAAGUCCACAGCUCCUCCUUCUUCAGGUGUAGUGCCCCGAUCUAGAUACAUCCUCCAGCUGCGAACGAUUUUGAUUCUCUCGGAGUUUUUUCAGUGAUACUGAUCUCGGAAAUCUUUUCCAACAGACAAACGUUUUACUUUGCACGAUUAAAGGCCGGUGAUAGUGAGAUGCUGGUGAAUGGAGUGACUCUGGAUCUUGAUGUGAUAUCUGGUCGGGACUGACGAUUUGGAAAUGCUUCCCAUUCAACGUGCUGGAAAAAAAGAGUCGAACAGAAACGCAUCGUCCCCUUAGUCCAGGGACAGGCAGUUCGGCGCUUGUUCCAGACACGACUCCUCAUUCACUGAUUGGUUGGAUCACUAGCCACGCCCCUCAUUCUUACCGAUAAGUUGGAGGUCCAGCCCACCCGAAUUCACUCUGGUUGGUUGGAGGAUCAGCAGGUCUAUCGCAAUGCUCCGGCCCCACCCCUUGCUUACCGAGCAGGCGGGAAUGGUGUUGGAGCAUGCGCAUCAUUUGCUAGGAUCGUGAGCUGGAACGGAACGGAGUGCUCUCAAUGCUGCGCGUGAUAGACGGAAAGAAAUGUUCGGCUGUCUUAUGUGAAGGCGCAUCUGCAGGGGGGUUGAGACUGUCGCACAUCUCCUGCUGGAAUAUGCCUUUCCAAAAGAUGUCUGGAGACAGAUGCACUGGGAUUUGUUGAGGUUUGUCCUGAGCAGCUCCGUGAUGCAGGACUCCAUGCUGUAUGGUCUCUUUCCUGGGACGCACACCAAGAAAAACACAACUGCGCCUGAAGGACCAUCAACUUGGUGAAGGACACUCUGUGGUCUGCCUGAAACUUACUGGUCUUCCAGGUGAAAGAAUUGACCCUGACCAAGUGUUGCAGACUGGCUGCAGACAAUCUAAGUCUAGGACUGCGUGCUGAAGGACACUAAAGCUUGGGACAGCUGCCGCCAAAGCGGAUUGAGGAAAGACCACUGUCUAAGGUCUUUCUGCCAAAGUACAACAGAGAGAAUCACUGAAUUCCAAACAAACAUCCCAUCAAGAUCUGAGAGUGAGUCAAUUCACCAGGAGUUGAAAACCAUUGGAUUUUCAAUGUUUGUUUUGCCUGUGGGAAAAGAUUUCCAACAUCUGGAAAUGCACCAAGACACUUCCAACCAAGUGAGUGUUCUGUUGAACUGACUGUGGAUAGGUCUUGAACCAAUUACAGAACCUGAAUACCAUCACACUACCCACAGAGGGGAGAAACUGUAUCCCUGUCCUCUGUAUGGACAAGGAGUUAGCUGAUCACCCAAUAUGGAGAGACAUGACACUUGCACCGCAGAAAAACCAUGGAAAUGUGCGGACUGUGGGAAGGGAUUCAAGUACCCAUGCUGGCUGGAAACUCAUCGACGCAGUCACACUGGGGAGAGGCCGUACACCUGCUCUGUUUGUGGGAAGGGAUUCAUUCAGUCAUCUGACCUUGAGAAACAUGAACGCAGUCACACUGGAGAAAGGCCGUAUGCCUGCCCUGAGUGUGGGAAGGGAUUCACUUGUUCAGCUAACAUGCUGACACACCAGAGAGUUCACGCUGGGGAGAAGCUUUUCCCCUGCUCUGAGUGUGGGAAGGGAUUCACACAGUUAGCCCACCUUAAGGCACACCAACUUGUUCACACUGAUGAGAGACCUUUCAAAUGUUCGGAAUGUGAGAAAAGCUUUAAAAGCAGACGUGAUCUGUUGAUACACCAACACAUUCACACUGGGGAGAGGCCGUUCCCCUGCUCUGAGUGCGGGAAGGGAUUCUCUCAGCAAUCCCACCUUAAGGCACACCAACUUGUUCAUACUGAUGAGAGACCUUUCAAAUGUGCAGACUGUGAGAAGAGCUUUAAAAGCAGACGUGAAGUGCUGAUACACCAACGCAUUCACACUGGCGAGAGGCCAUUCCCCUGCUCUGUAUGUGGGCAACGAUUUGUCCAAUCAAACAGCCUUCUGAGACACCAGCGAAUACAUGCGCGUGAGAAGUUGUUAUCUGCUCCGUCUGUUGGAAAGGAUUUACUCAGUCAUCCAACCUCCUGAGAUACCAGCGAGUUCACAAGUAACUGCAGGGCAGGCAUCUGUUGCUGUUCUUAACAGAACUGUGAUCUAGCCCCCUGGAGGAUAGGUUAUUGAUGGGAUGGAGGAUUGAUUCACCUCCCACCAGGAAGUAGAUGCAGUGGAACGGGGAAAUAUGUGGUGCUUAUGAUGUGAGGUUGUGAGGCCAGCAGAGGCUGACAUUGUAUCAAAAAGAGAGCCUUUGUGACUGUGAUUCAUCAUGUUUUAAUUCAUUCAUUCAAAGUGUGUCCCAUUGCAGGCAGAGCUGGGCCCACAAACACAUUGAGACACAGAGAGGCUCAAAACCAUAUUCAUAGACCCACACUGAUAUAUAGGCACAAAACCAGAUUCACAGACACAUAAACGCAAACAGAGACAUAGAGGCUCACAGGCACGCACUUCCCCCGGGACAAAGUGUGUCACAUUGCAGGUAGUGUUUUUCACACUGACGAACACAGACACACAAAAAGACACAGAGACAAACUCAGAGACCGAAACAAGUGCAGAUGAAGUGCGAUGCCAACAUAUAUAUGUAGACACGCACCCAUACAGACAGUCACAAACACAUCCACAUAGAGAUACACACAGACACGAUGUCUCUUGGUAUAUUGACAGGCUUGUUUAAUAAACUCAAGUUCAUUUGUAAAAUAAACUCGUUAAUUUGUAUAAAGGGUCUGUUAACCGCUGUUCAUUUGUAAAAUGGAUUGAUUCAUUUGUGGAAUUCUCAGAAACUCAUUAAAAGUAAACUUUCUGACUUGUUCAUUUCAGUCCCAUUUACACCUUCUGUUGAUCUGUGUGAAAAUCCUGUGUUCUUUUGUGAAAUAAAUUUGUGACCAUUA